AUGGCGUCGCUGUACGCGUCGGUGGCGCCGCAGUUCACGCGCGAGCUGCUGUCGCCGGGGCUGCGCGUGGGCGUGGCGGACGACGGGGGCGUGUGGCAGUUCGUGGCGCCGUCACUGUCGCAGCGGCUGCCGCUGCGCGCCAUCGAGUGGCGCAACCUCGUGGGCGUCACCAAGCGCAUCGAGCAGCUGCCGCUGCACUUCGUGGAGGUGUCCAGAGCCUCGCAGGACCCGCCGCCCACGUGCGUGUACCUGGUCAAGUGCGAGGACCUGGACGCGUACAAGAGCGCGGUGCGGCCGCCGCUGGCCGCGUGGGUGGACGCCAUGACGGCCGCCAAGGUCGAGUGGCUCGUGCUGUACGUGCCCCUGGGCACGCGCCCCAAGGCCGCGGGCGGCCAGCCCAACCCCGUGUACAGGAAGAUCUUCGACCGGCUGCGCGCGGACUUCGCGCACCCGCGCAGGAGCGGCGCGCUGCUGGGCGGCGCCAUCGGAGCGGCCUCCGCCUCCGCGUCCUACGCGGCCGCCGCCUCGGCGCUGCAGGAGCGCGUGUGCAAGAUCGACACGCUGGAGGGCACGAGCGUGCUGGGCCAGCAGCAGCAGCACGAGUCCCAGUGGACGGAGCUGCUGCUGCGGCUGAGACGCUGCGUCAUGGACGCGUUCCAGACCCGCUGCUUCCAGUACGAGGAGCGGCUGCGCGUGCUGGACGCCAAGCGCAGCAUCGCGGGCUGGGACUUUGGCGCCUUCUUCCUGGCCAAGGAGAGGCUCGCGCUCAUGUACCAGCAAAUGUAUCUGCAGGACGAUGCCAUUCGACAUUUGGACGAGCUGGACGCGAUCUUUGUGAACUUGAACGAGACCGAGAAAAAGACGUUCAGGGACGGGAGCAAGCGCUCGUUCACAGCGCAAGACGCCAUCUUCACGCAGUCGCCGCUAGCGCUGGACCUUAGCGAGACGCAGCAGCUGAUCGCCUCGAACCGCGCGUCGGCCCGACUCGUCUCGCUCUACUGUUUCUGUAGGCAGAUCCGCACGCUUUACGUCAUGGGCAGCUUCCCUCAACUGCUGCAGCGCGCGAGCUCGUUCAUCGAGUCUUUUCUUGUGGAGCUGAUGGAAAUGGCCGCGGAGGGCACUUUAGACUGGCACCAGCCGUUCCUUUGGACGGUGGGUGCGUGCCUGGAAGUGGCGUACGCUUGUGAGCUCUCGUGGAGCGGUCGUGAUGACGAGUGGACUGCCUCCAGCGUGUCUGUGCAAGUAGCACAGGCGGUUCCUGUUGAGAACAUGUCCCGUGCUCUGGGCAACGUGUUGUAUCUCGCACGACGGAUGCUGAAACACUAUGCAAGAUCCAACAGGAACAGAUCAGACCUACCGUCUUCGGCGUGGUAUCGACAAUUGGAACAAGUGCUUGUGGCCCCAGAAUGGCAACGCUCUGAAGUGUGCGACUCCUAUGAGCGCUGUCUUUCCGAGGUAUCGCAUCUGGCUUCGAUGCACUUUUCUCAGUCGGGCCGGCACCGAUUUGCGGUAUUUCUUGGUGGAGAGUGCGCGCGCUACCAUCUCGCACGCGGGGAAUAUGAAAGCGCGUCGCGGCUACUGCGCUCGCUUGCGCGGCAAAGUGAGGAGGACGGAUGGUGGUCAAUCUUCGGUGCGUGCGUGCGCAGCAUUUGUCGUGCAGAAUUGGCUCUGGGCCGGUCUACCCAGGCUGUAGCGGCUUGUUUUAGCAUGCUGCAACUCGCACAAGAGGAGAAUGUUGGUGUCACUAAGGAGGAGAUGGAGCAACUUAUGCACACCCUCAGUGCGUCCAGGAUGAAUAUGGGCGAGCUUUUCAGGCCGACUGUGGCUGUCGAGACAACACAAACUAGCGGUAGUGCAUUGGAGCAUGGAGAUAUCCGCGUCACACUGGGUGUCACUAACGAUUUUCCCGCGGGAGUGCACCUGGAGAAGGUGCGCAUUCAAUUUGAGCGAAACGACGUCCACCUCGACGAGAAAACUGGGAUCAAUCUGGUGUUUCUACAUUCGGGUGUUCCGGUGGGGCGGUACAUCUGCACAAGAAUCGAAUGCGUUCUUGCGGGCAGUACGUUUAACUUGCUUCCUCCGAGCGCUCUCAGUCUUGCCGCGUUUGAGAUUGCUGCAAAAGAAAGCACCGUUCAAGUUGCUAUUGAUGGCGUCCCACUGCUGAUGCCGAGGCCUUAUUCCCCAGUUGAGACAGUGACGGUCUCUAUCCAGGCAAACGAAGACAACGUGGCGGAUGGCACUCUUGAACUGCGCGCGAACGAUCGUGUCGAUUGCAGUAAACUUUGUGUGGCCCUGCCGCCGCUGCGCCCCGGAAGUUUCCUGACUUACGACGUAUCUCUGUUGGUGCCUCCAAGUGACGUCCUCAAAUCCCGCAGCAAUGAGCCAGAAGAAGAAGAAGAAGAUGAUGAUGAUGAUGGCGGCGAUUUCAAUUUUACGAUUGAUGCGAAUGUUCGAUACCAACGCGGGGUUAGUAUCAACGCGAGUGUGCCCACAUCGACAACGGAGAUACGAUGCGCCGAAUCAACCUUCCGUGUUGUACAGCCGCUGACAGAGACGAUUCGCCUGAAACGCGUAGGCUCGAGGAUAUUCGUGUCCAUUGCGCUCAAGUGCAACCAAUUCAUUUCGGUCACCCUGCGAGACUAUGCGCUACUGCUUCCUGGAGAACUGGGCGGUUUAUCCACUUCAAACACGCGGCUGCUAUCCGUGCAACAAGACCCGAACACCAAAUUACGAGGCACUGUACUGCGCCCCAACGACUGUGUGUAUCUCGCAUUCACACUAGCCUGCUCCCCGGAUUUCGAGAAGGAGGCCAGCGACAGCUUCUGCUCGCUUCAACUCCACCUCCAAUACGGUGACGAAAAGACUUGGCAGAAGACGAUGGCAGUGCGAAUAGCGUUAACAGAGGUUGAAGGGAAACGCUAUCGAAUCGACGUGGUCCCCAGGGGGCAGCAAGUCGAGCACACGUUCACAGGCGAAAUGGUCGAAACCACAGCGAGCGAGCCUGUCACGUUCCAGGUUUACGUGCGAGAGGAGGUAUCAGAGCUCAACAAGGCGGCAGCGGAGCAUGAUACAAGUGUUUUGGCUUUGUGUCUCAACGAAAGCAGCGAGCGCGACUGGAUUCUGGUGGGCAAACAGCUCGAGCGCUUCAGCUUCAGCCCCAUGUCGGGCGCCCACAACGAUCGUCGGCGGGAGUUUAGCACGCAGAAGAGGCUUCUGGCUAUUCGGACAGGCCAGCUACGCUUCCCGUCCUUCCGACUCGAGACCAACGGCCAGACCAUCCCAGCGGCGCGCGUGCACUGCCAGCAAAGCAGUCGCCGCGUACUUGUAACUUAG